GCAGAAAGGGUGGUGAUUGAGCCACAUGUGUUAUAUGUUAUUUAUAAUCUUUUUAGGAUUUAUUUCCAGGUUAUUCUUUUGUAAUAACAAAAAAUACCAAUACGGGAUUCGUCUCUUCAGUUGGAACGGGAUGAGGACCGUGCGUUUUGCUGUUGGGGCUUUUAUCAGUCUGAUUUUCCAAGUGGGCAUGACACAACAGAGGACGAAUGGUGAAUAUUGCCAUGGUUGGAAGGACGCGCAAUCUAACUGGCGAGGGGGUUUCCAUUGUCCGGAGGGCCACGAUCAAAGAGAAGCUGCGAUCUGUUGUGGAACGUGUGAGCUGCGCUACUGUUGCGCGCUCAUAGGAGCAAGACUGGAUCAGGGUAACUGCAACAACCACGAGCAAGUUCUACAGCCUGGCACGUCUGAUGACGAGAAAGAUGCCAAGAGUGCAGUACCUGUCUAUGUCCCCUUUGUGAUCGUGGGCUCUGUUUUUCUGGCCUUUAUCUUUCUGGGCUCCAUGGUGGCCAUGGGUGUCUGUCUGAGUCGUAAACAGGAGAUCUCCCAAAGCCCAGACGGUGCUGCUGGGCCCCAGGGUGGGAGUGGAGAGCAGCAGCAGGAGGCUGUACCCAUGACUGUGAGUACAGGGACGUCCUGUGGUUCCACCUCAUCUCUCUACCCUCCCAAUCCCAGCCAAGCCUGUCCAACUGGAUCCACACGUGUCCACCAAACCUUAAAGAGGCAGGAAACUCCCACCAGCCCACAACCCUCCAUGGUCCAACCUUUUACCAUGCACCCCACCAUGGUGUUUUCCAGCCUGGUUCACCCCUCCAUGCUUCAUCAUUCCAUAAUGCAUCCUUAUAUGGCUCAAAUGCCUACUCUGUAUACCUCACAAGGGGAAAGCCGUCAUCUUCCAUCUCCCUGCCCCCCAUCCAGCUAUACCAGCACUAAACCCAGGCACACUGAAGUGAUCAUAUAAUUUGUGGCUGUGACUUUGAAAGACUCCAUUAUGGAGUAUUUGGGUAUUCAAAUAGCAAAAUAUUAAUAAGCCCAGGAAAUGGAAUGUAAAUGUGUGGCAGCCAGUUUAGACUAAUAAAAAUGUUUAGGAGAAUAAUUGCAAUUGGUCAGUUAACAAUAAUUCAAUCAUUCAUAUUUUAUUAUUCCUUAAAAUGUAUAGUGUUUCUUUGUAAA